AUGAGUGCAGUUGAUGAAAGAACGAUUUACGCAAAGCUAGAAGCGAUGAAAGACAUUCGCUCGAAAACGCUCCAGCUGGAGAAACUGAAGCUGAAAAUUAUCCGCGAGGUGGAGAAUGGCGAUGCGGAAGAGAAAUGUCUGUCUGAAUAUCGGCGAGAACUGGAGCUCCUCAUGCAGGAAAAGAUGAGCCAUGUGGAGGAACUUCGCCAAAUUCAUGCCGAUAUCAAUGCUAUGGAAACAGUUAUUAAGCAGGCCGAGGAAAAUCGUAUUCGUUCGAUUAAUAUGGCUAAUCGCAUACACGAAGAGUACGUCCCACUGAAAACCGAGGUUGAUUCAAUGCGGCGUGAUUACUUGGGCCUCGAAAGACUGCCAGAACUGCACGAAGAGGAAGGAACUACCAUUUCUCCGGACCGCUUCCAGAACUAUUACGCUACGAACAAAACACUGUCGGCAGCAUCAGCCACAUUCACUCGGCCACCAUUAUCCGCCCAUCAUCCUUUGCCACCCGAUGCACCCGCCACCUCGUUGCCACCUUCAGCACCGCCCGGAUUUCUUCCUCCUCCGCCGGUUGCCAUGCGUAUCAACAAGCCACCGGAACUUCCCACGAACCGGCUGCAACAGGCACCGUCCACCAUUGGCAUCGGUCAUCCGACAUUCAGGUCUGAUUUCAAUGUGAAUUUAAGCAGACAGCAGCCGCCUCCAAUGAAGUCGUGUCUUUCGUGUCAUCAGCAGAUUCAUCGCAAUGCACCGAUAUGUCCACUGUGCAAGGCCAAAAGCCGCUCGCGUAACCCCAAAAAACCGAAAAAGAAAGACCAUUAA